AGUUAAUGAAAAUAUAUAUGAUAUUUUCAUAUACAUAUGAAAAUCGCAAUCCAAGUAUUACAAGUUUUUAUCUUUUUUUAUUUAAAAAUAUAAUUCGAAAUUGAUAUCAACUUAAAUAGAAAUAAAAUAAUUGUUAAAACUUUGUAUAUAUGUAUAUAUAUAUUUAAAUCUCUUUUUCAAUGUCCAAGUUAAAUGGCGAAGGAGAGGGCAGCGGGGUGGUACAAAGUCGCCAACUUUUUCAUUACUGUUGCACAUUGAGCUGAAGUUUGUCGUAUGCUAGAUGACCUUUAUGCAAAACAGGUCCUGUCGGAUUCUCCCCCCGCUCUGCAGGAUCGCGAUUCCUGACCCCUACCAUUGCUGUGCAUUAUUAAGCGCCAGCAUUUGUAUUAUUCAGCGCACACAUGAUGUCUGUGCCUGGGUUGUGUGUAAUAAAAUGCAUGCAUUAUUCAUGCAAAGGCUUCACUGUGGUCAGCCAGCUUUUCCUGCCGUGCUUAUUGAAAUGCCAUUAGCGAAAUUCGUGCACCGACGUGGCGUAUACGCAAUCUGGCAUUGAGAUAAUAUUUAUUCGCGCGAGCAGAGAUUUGCAUUAAUAUGGAUCGAACAAUGCUGGCCAUAAUCAUUACGAACGCAGAUAAUGCCAGGUAGUAUUCAGCCUAAUUAAGCCUAAAAAGAGAGAGCGAUGGCAGCGAGGUGAAACAAAGGCCCCAAGAUUGCCUUGUGGUGAUGCGUGAAUUUUCGUAACAACAGCUAUAGAAAAUACAAAACAAAAAAAAAGACUCUAUACAUUGGCAACAUUUUGUGGUCGUUUUUCAGCGAGUUGAUGCCGUUUUUGUUUGUGUUUGUGUUUGCCUUGCUGGAGCACGCGUGUGUGUCUGCCUUUUACCUUGGACAAGAAUAAACCAUCCAAACAUCCUGCAGCAUCCAAGCAUCCAAGCACCCAGGCAUCCAUCUACUUGGCCAUUGUGGUUGUUCGUGGCUUUUUCCUCGCCGCGGCCUCACGUUCAUCCUCAUCUUUUGUGAAUCCUUGGCGCAGCAAAAUCUAGUUGGCCUACUCUGAAGAAAAUGUUUGAAUAGAGAUGGCCAAACUUUCACGACGUGCCUCGUCGUCUGCAGCAACGCCCUCCACAGCAACAACAGCAACAGCAAAUACCGGAGCAACACCAGUCGAUCCAAGUCAUGCCUCUGGCGCCACGCGGCAACAAGAAGAGCAACUUCAGCAGAAGACACAACACCUGCAGCGGCACCAGGAGCAACAGCAACAGGAGCAACAGGAGCAACAUCGGCAGAAGUCAACACACCUGCAGCAGCAGCAGCAGCAACACCAACAUUAUCAGCUGGAACAGCAGCAACAUCAUCAGCUGCAACAGCAACGCAUUGCACGUCGUGCCGCCAGCAACAGCAACAUCAACAGCAACAGCAAUCGACACGUGUCCGCUCUUAUUGACACGAGUCCUGAUGUCUUGCAUGAGAAUCCAGCGUCGCCAUCACCGACACCGGCGGCGCUAUCAAAUCACCACAUUAGCAACAGCAACAGUAACAGCAGCAACAACAGCAGCUACCACAGCAACACUGCCACGCCCACUGCACCCGCCCACGCCCACGUCACGGCCACGCCCUACAUGCCGCUCCUCCCGCCAGGCGAGCAAAAUCUGACAGAUGCGGAAAAUGCAGCGGAACGGGCCAGAAUUCGCGCCGAAUUCUUCGCCACAUAUGACGUGAUGACGGGCGUCAGGAUCGCCGCCACUUUGGGCGGCUUCUUCGGCCUGAUGGUCUUCCUGAUCGUAUGGAAGAGUCGCAGCAGCAGCAACGAGACCCUGAAGGUCCUCAAGGACCCCAAAAUGGCAGCCGUGGCAGCGGUGUGCAUGCAGGAGGAGGAGGAGCGCGAGAUCCACGACGCCAUCGUGGCCACCGGGAUGUCCAUCUAUCCGGAUGAGUACGAUGCGAUGGUCUAUCGACGGCAGCGCAUGCUCUCGCUGGGCAAUGUCAGUGCGCCGCCUCUGCUCAAUCGGGGAUAUCGCUGCGGUUCCAUGGGUGGCGUGGGAGUGGGCGUGCCAGUGGGCUACAGCUAUCUGCUGGAGCCGCCGCGUCGCUUCUCCUACUCCUCCAUGUCCGGCGGGGGAGGACCCGGAUCCGGUCAUGUGGGCCGCCGUAAGAGCGGUUCCGAGUCGUCGCGCAUCUUCAGCAAUUACCCAAUGGGCGGCAGCUUCGGUACCGAUGACUAUUUCGUGGAGACGGAGGACGAACUGGAGGCGGAGGAGUACCACAUGCAGCCAGGUGCCCCAGACGAUGAGCCGGUGCACCAUCAGCACCAGAGAACGGACUCCACGCGCAGCAAGCCGGGAUUUCUGUCCGUACCAAUGGCGGGUCAGGAUUCCCGGAGGAGCAGUGCCAUGACCUGCUGCAGCACGGAUAGCUCCUACCUGGAGCGGCGCACCUCCGCCUACAUGGGUGGCUGCAUGGGCAACCUGCCGCCCACGCUGCAGAGGAAGCUAUCGACUGCCUCGCGAACAUCGAGCAUCGAGAACUGGGACUACUACUAUCCGGAUAUACAGGUGAUCCAGCCGACGCCCAAGGCUUCGCCAUGUCCCUCGGAGAGGAGUGUUCACGAGGGAUCCGCAUCGGGAUCGUUAAAUGGCAGUAGACCCUCCAAUCUGAGUGCCAGCAACAUCAAGCGAAAGCACAGCAUAGUGUCCUACGAUCCGGAUAGUGCUCAGGCGGGCCGCAAGCAGCAAAUCCACUCCAUAAGUGCGGAUACUGUGGACGUCUAUCCGUAUAACCAGGAGAGCACUGUGGACUUGGCCCUGCCGCUGCCCAAGCCCAUCCAAUCGGCCCCGCCCACCGGUGUGCAUCAGGGAUUCCACUUCUGCGACUCACCCUCGGAGGAACUGCGUCUGGGUGUGAGCUUGCCCCGGCGUAAGCUCACCCUGGUGGAGCUGCAGCGGAAUGAGAGCAACAACAAUAGCUUUCCUUAUACGGCAAAUGCAGCAGUUCCGGUUCCGGUUCCCGUGCCAGGAACAACCAGCUCCAGUAGCAUCAGUGUGGACAGCACACCGGUGAGUCUGGAGCGGCUGAACGGUGGCAGUCUCAGUCUCGCCACCGUCUCAGUGUCCCACAAAAUACCGCCCCUUCCGGGGGGCAACAAUAAUCCGGAGAAGCGUGCCCCACUGGCCUCACUAAGUUCCUUCAAGAUCUCCUCGCUGGAGUGUCCCGACUCCGAGCUGCGCUCCCUGGAAGAGGAUUCGGUUUUUGGGCUGGAGAGUCCGGCGGACACGGACGAUGAUAUGCAGCAGCUGAGCAGCGACAGUGAGGAGCAGGAGGCAGCUGCUCAGGCGCAGGCUCAGACGCAGGCGCAGUCACAGGCCGCUUCCAAGCCCAAUCCUCUCCAGCUGCCCGCAAAGAGGCUACCCAUGGCCAUAGGUGGUGGUGCCAGGCCGCGGAGGCCACUGCUCCAAAGACAUCGCACCAUAAGCGCCACCUCCACCAGCGAUCGGGUGGCCCUGAUCAACCAGGCGCCGCUGCAGCUGCAACAGUUCCACAUGGGCUUGCCGGAGGCAGUGGCUCCGCCGCUGGAAACCCACUUCGGAGCGGUAAUCAGCCAGAGUCCUCCUAGGCGGGGACCCCUGCUCCAGCAGUACAGUGAUCCGCAGACGACGACGACAACCACAACGACCACUACAACAGAGGAGGAUACCUGUUCCACUCUAAAUACGGAACUGGGCUUGGCUGAUCCUCAGGUUCUGGGAGGAGGAGGCGGAGGAGGAGGAGGAGAGUCCGCCACCCAUACGCAAUACAGCAGCCUGAAUACGGUGAUCAGCUUGGGCCGUUCCACGCCCAGUCCUAGUCCCAUUCCCCAUCCAAUUUCCAUACCCACUCCGGUUGUGAGCAGCCGGAUGGACAAUAAUCCCCAGCAGCCAACUGCCCAACUGCCAACGAACGCCAUCCGGCUGGUCCAUGAUCCCUGCGCCUCGUCCGUUUCCGAUUCGGUGAUAGCCACGCAGCAGAGCAGCAUCUGUGUGCCCGACACCCUCAAGGAUUUGAUCCUGAGGAAGGCUCCUGCCAGCGGGAUCAGCCGGAGUGCCACCAACCUGAGCUGUGACAGUGGAUCGGCAGAUGGAGCUGGAGCUGGAGCUAGUGGUGCACCAACAACGACUGUCAUGCUAGAGCUUCCCCUGAUCCGGCUGCCCAAUGAGCAGGCGGAUGACCAGCAGGUGCAGCAGCGCCCUGCGGAUGCAAGCGGCGAGAAGAGGGAUCCCAGCUUGCCCGGCACUUCCAGGAAAUGGUCCAAGGAGACACUCUUCUAGCCCAGCUGGUUGCCACUGCUCCAGCGCAGGCAGUUCCCAGGGCCGGGCCACUAAUUAAGAGCUUAGCAACUGACUUUGUACGCAGGCUAUUGGGGUUUACAGUGAACACUCCUUAGAAACGAUCAAAACUUACUCUUCUUAAGAUUCUUUAAAAUUCCAACACAGGUUCAUAGAAAAUGAACUCGGAAACCAUUAUAAAUUCGUUUUGGAAAUAGUAAAACCCUUAUCUAAAUUUCCGGGUUCAGUUUAAAAUAUAUCACCAAAGUUAAUGUACAAUUGGGGUCACCAAGUACAAUGCUAAACUCCUCAGCGGGCAUACAAAAUUCCGAGAUUCUUUAAAACUGUAGUUUAGAAUAAUUUAGGAAAAAAAGACACUUUGAAAUACGAUUUGGAAAAUGUGAUCAAAAUUAAUAAAAUAAAGGGGUCACCAAUCAAAAAACUUGUCAGAGGAAAGCCACGUUUACGCUAAAACUUCCAAGAUUCUUAACCAAUGUAUUUCAGUUUGAAAAAUAUCAUCAAAGUUUGGAAAAUGUCAAAAAGUUAGUGAAGUUUAGGGGUCACCAAUCACAAAACUUGUCUUGGCCAGAAUACUUUGCAUUUGAAGACCUUUAAACUGAACACAUUUUGUGUCACAUAUAAAAAAAUGUAAAUGAGAAAAAAAAUACAGUCGUUCUAGGGAGUUCUCACUGUAAUUUCAUUAGCCGCAUGGUCUGGCAACCAACUUCCUGGGUUGCUCCAGAACCGGAACUAUGAAACGCAAGUAUUGACGAGUAUUUAGGCUUAGAUAAGGAGGAUUAGAUUAAGCGCAUUUAGUCAAAACAUAAGUUAGUUGGUCUGGCAUAAGGCAUAAGUUACAGUAGUACAUGCCUUCUAAUGAUCGAAAGGGCAAAAAAAAAACAAAGAGGGUAACAUGAACAACAACGUAUUCGUACUUAGAGACUGUUGUCUAUUAUUGUUAAUAGAACUCUAAAAGUUAAGUAGUGAUACUCGGAUUUAUUUUUCACACUUUAUCUAUAAAUCGAAAGUGCUAGCAUGCGAAUAUGUAUAUAUAUUUGUAUGCGGCCAAGCUAAGGAAAGAGUUUAUAUAUUUCUAUAGGUAUUUCGCCAGCCGCCAGUCAGUCUUUCUAUCCCCUAAUGUCUCUCAAUAAAAAACUCUUCUAGUGUCUUAUACAGCAGCCAAAUACUUAAAGUAUUGUAAUUUAGAAAUUUUAUAGAUUGCACAACAAAUCGAGAUCGAGGUCGAGAUCGAGAUCGAGAUCUAAGUCAUCCUUGCAACAUAAUGUACUCUGACAGAAGACCUUAAGGACCUCGAAAGGUUCACCCAAAGAUGCCUAAAUGUCUUUAACGCGUAGCUAGACUAAAGUUGCAUAAACAUUUUCGCAUUUCCCCGCUCUCCUGCCUGUUCGAAAACGAAAUUGUUGGAAAUAUAAUAGAGUUGUUGUCAGAAUAUAGCGUUACAAAAUCGAAAACCAAUUUGAGAAAAUAUAAAUACAUAUAUCUAAAACCAAUUUCCUAACUCAUCCCACCUACGCAUCUCUAUUUUUCUAUGAAAAGCUAAAGCCAAGGGAGAGAAAACAAAUCAAAUAACUUGUAUUAUUCAAAUCAAAAUACAUAAUUAGUGGAGGAAACCGAAGAUAGUACGAUAUAGAGCUGCAUUUUGAGAUGCCCCAGCCCCCUAUAGAGACUUUCUCAUAUGCCUGAGCCUCAGCCUGAGCCUGAUUUGUACCUUUCCUAUGCAUAAGUAUAUAUUUAUAUACACCACACAUGUAUAAAACGAGCCCUAUUUGAAUAUUUUUUAAUACUAGUAAGUAUUUUGUACGAAGAGAUCAACUCGAUGAAAGGCGCCUAAUGAAAAAGCAAAUGGUAUAUCAAAAUAAUAAAAAAGGAAACCCCCCAUUAAUUGUUGGUUACAUAUGCUGAAAAACGAUUAAGAGUAAAUGAAAAUGAAAAUUCGAAAAUAUUGUAAUUGUAAUUGUAGCGUUGAUUUGUUUCAAAAGAGCAAAACCAUAUAAAUAUAACUAAUAACGUAGCUAAAUAUACAUAUACCUAAUAAUGAAACCAAUGAGAAAACCUAACUUGUGUAAGUCAAAAAAACGAGUAGCGGAACCAAUUGUUAAACCUAAGCAUAAUAGAUCUGUAAUAAAACUGAGCUGUUGUAUUAAAUGAACAAUAACAAUGUGUUGAAGACAAAAAGUUUGAAUAAAUAAAUGCGCAGAGCAUUCAGUUUGUGAACUUUGAAUAGUUUAUUUCGCUGCCCCUUCUUUGCAAUAUGUUUUCUUUUAUACUUUUGUACUAAAAACCCUUUUAUUUUCUUGAUUUUGCGAAUGUUCUUUAAACUCGAUGUCUAUAUGUACCUCUUAGCUAAAACUCAAAGUGUAAUUGAUAAAAUUGGUAAACGAAAGCAAUUCGAAAUUAAAAACAAAUAUGUGUACUACUAACGCCCAAAAAGAAAAAAAAAACAGAAUCAUUAAUGCAUGAUUACUUUAAAGAAUGGAUUAAAAUUUUUAAAAAGUAUGAGCUAUUAAAGAACAAACUUAGUUAAAUGUUAUAUAUAUGAGAAAAACAAAGAAAAUUGAUGUACAUGUUAGCGAUAUUAAUGAGAAAAUGUGACAAGUGAAAAAUAAACCAGAAGAAAAUACA